CCAAGUACGACAAACACGAACAGCACCAAAAACCUAUUCACAGAUCCAUGGCUCGUCAGGCUAAUCGCAAGCUCGCAGCAUCGAAGACACGAUCAAGCACUCCGAUGCGUUCUGUUACCGCCAUCAAGCAAUCUGCGGGCCCAUCUUUGGAAUCUAAACGACGGCACUUGAAGCAAGAACAUUUCAAACGCGAGCGGAGGCGGCUUGCUUUUGUGGUCCAAAAGUCAAGGCGUGAACGCUGGGCUCAAGCUGCUCGCGAAACGCAACGAAUUGUUCUUGGGGAUGGCAAGUACGUCGAAGAGAAACUUUCUUCCACAUCUGUCUCACGUAUCAUCCCCCCUACCCAUGUCUCUCCACCUGUUCCUUGCCUUGAUCACGCCUUGUCACAAAUGAACCUUUCUCAUUCUCCAGGACAGCACGCCAUGACCACGACGCAUGUCAUGCAUGACAUAUCAUCGCAGAUCAUUUUGAGCAAGCAGGGAACAACGUUCUUCCCUCAUUGCUUGCCAUCUUUGGCUGACUGGCGCAAUCCCACUGCGGUUCCGCCUUUCCGAACCAAGCCAACUAGCAUUUCGUUUGUUGCCAGCCCUACGCUUACGGCCACUCGGCAACUGCACGAGCGGAGACCAGACCUUACUCGUAGUUCGCCAUAUACGCUCUCUACUACAUCAAUUGGGGUGCUUUCCUUUGCAUCUCCCAAACGUCCUGGCGGAGGCUAUCUACACGGCGGUAAUGAGCAAGAAGAGGCCCUCGCUAGGUCUUCAUCACUUGUAGCUAGUCUCCAGGCCGACCCAGCCAAGCAAUUCUACAUCACCCACAGGAAGUUUCUCAGUGUCGACGGGGCUGGUAUUUAUGAUCAUUCCAUGGUGUACAGCCCAGGUGUUGUCACCUUUCGCCAAGAUGAUAGCGAUGACACAUCUCCGCUCACGACUGCGCCGUCAAAUGACUUCAUCCCCCCUUAUCUUAUUAAUGUUCUCUCCGCUGUGCCUGUUAACGCAGCCGCAAUACGCCAGAACUACAGCAUCACUCCAUCGGAUGCCCACAUCUUUGAGGACGGCAUACGUGACAAGAUGCGGGACCGCAUGGCAAGGGCACUUCGCAUCUUUGAAGCGCGUGGCGACCGGGCUCUCGUCCUUGGUGUAUUCGGGUGUGGUUCCAACGAGAACAAAGUUGAAAUGGUCGCGGAGAUCUGGGCAGGGCUCCUCAUGUGCGGGGAAGGCGAAGAGAAGCGUGAAGAUGGGAAGACGACUGUCCCGCGCGCGGCGUUCAAAGACUCGUUCGAAGAAGUUGUGUUUGCCGUUCCCGGUAAAUUAUUCGAGCCCUUCAAGAAGGCGUUUGAGAUGAAAGUUUUCGAAGCAGAGUAUAUUGCUGUGUUGACACUUGUCUACUAUCUAGGUAGUCCGAGGUGGACACACGAGGAGGUGGACCAAUUGUUCAAGAACCUCGCCGAAGUAAUUGUAGACGAUGCACCCAAUCGCACAGAAUUUUUGGCGCGCUUCGAGCCUGGCGGUCCAUACGAAGGCACAGUUGGUAUAUACAGGCGUAACAUAUCCGCCGCGCGGAUCGGCAUAUAUGAUGCCGAUCUCAUCGAACAAUUUCCGUCCAGUGUCAAGUGGAUUGCACACAACGGAGCUGGGUAUGAUCUCGUCGAUGUAAGAGCUUGCAAGGCCAAAGUGGAUGACGCGACAGCGACAACAGCAUUCUAUUUAGUGAUCUCAUGCAUGCGGCAUUUCUCCCUCGCCCAGCGAUGUUUGAGGGCUGGAGAGUGGAAAUACCCAAUAUCUUCUGGCGGCGCUCACAACCUUACGGGUCACACAAUCGGCAUUCUUGGACUCGGGGGAAUCGGACUUCGCCUCGCAUACCUCGUCCAUGCAUUCCCUAUGCGAGUGUUGUACUAUUCGCGUUCCAGGAACCCAGAAGCCCCAGAAUGGUGCGAGUAUGUCGACAGCAUGGACGAACUUUGCGCACAGGUGGAUGUGCUAAGCGUGCACGUUCCUCUCCGGUCAGACACAGUCAACCUUGUUGGUGAGAAGCAGAUCCGUGCUAUGAAGCGUGGUAGCAUUUUGGUCAAUACGGCGCGGGGAAAGGUCGUUGAUGAAGAAGCGCUGCUACGGGCACUGGAUGACGGCCACGUAUGAGUUGCACUAGUCUUUAUUUUACCUGGGUGUGCUGAAAUGAUUUUCCAGCUUUCGUCUGUCGGGUUGGACGUGUUCUAUGAUGAGCCUAAUGUGAACCCAAGGUUGCUUGAUUUUCCUCAGAACACCUUACUACCGCACGUGGGUACGCGCACGAGAGAUAGCGAGAAGAAGAUGGAGAUCCGCGCGUUGACAAAUCUCAGGGAUUUCUUGACGAGUGGCACAGGACGAGAUCUUGUCCCUGAGCUGCAGUAAUAUUAACCCUACUCAAUAACAGUUUAUUUGUUUCGUGUUUGAAUGACAAGCGAAGAAAAAUAAACUGACAGCGUUAUUGAGUGCCAGUUUAUUUGCCAGUUUAUUCCAUGCGUUAAGUGUUCGGAGUAAGCUGAGUGUGAUUUGGAAACUGUUAUUGAGUAGGGUUAUUAUUCGUAUCUCAUACAAACUUGCUAGCCAGCACCGAUCUUC